AUGGCACAUGAACUUUCAACCCCAACAACUGCAUCUGUUGCUGGUGGCUCAUACCCAGUAGCCCAGGCUGCACAGUUAGGAGCCAGUAGCGGUAACAGCUGGGGCGGCUCUUCGACACUGGCUAAUUCGAGCAUGGCAUCCACAUCGUCAUUAUCGCCAUCUGCGCUACAAACCAAUAACAAUUCCUAUCUUAUGCCCACUAGUCCCCCCAAAAGCCGCCGUGGGAGCAAUGAUGGCUAUCGUCCCGCAGUCAAGAGGUCGACCGGAAACCCUCCUGCAUGUCUCGUAAAUGCGUCGGUCACAUACUGUGGGAACAACCAAAUAUAUGCUUUUGGGGGAUUCGAUCAGUAUACUGAUGAAGUUUACAACCAUGUUCUCCGGUUAGAUCUUACAACUCUUAGGUGGAAUCUGGUUGAUAAUUACGGAGACAUUCCAGGUGUCAGGAUGGGACAUACCGCCUCUCUUUAUCAAGGAAAUAAGCUGAUAGUGUUUGGCGGUGAGAACGAACACCGCGAAUACCUCUCCGACGUUGUUAUACUGGAUAUUACCACUUCCACUUGGGCAUCACCUGAAAUACGUGGCCCAAUUCCUCGUGGAAGAGCGCGACACGCCUCUGUGAUUUACGAAGAUAAACUCUUUGUGAUUGGAGGAAUAACGGGGGGAAUAACCGGCGAGACUAAUGUUAUCCUGGACGAUCUUUGUUAUCUCGACUUGAAAACAUGGACUUGGUCUCGUUGGUGGAGCUUCGUGGCUCGUUUUGAUCACACUGCAUGGAUCUGGGGUGGUCGCCUGUGGGUUUUUGGGGGUCUCGGUUCAGAUAUGGAGCGUGGUACGGACCUGUGGUGGUUGGACUUGAAAGGCAGCCCGUCUCUCGGGAUAUCAUCCUCACAAGGUACCGUCGAAUCCCCAGGAACUCUUGUUAGGAUGGCUCAGAGCCCUGGAGCCCAGUAUAGUCCUCCUCCCGCCCUGCAAGGUCGCCCUGGCGGAUAUGCUGCCAACUCAGCCAGUGUGCAGGUUAGAACGUUGAGUCGUCGUAAGUUGCUCACAGCUCCUGGCGCGAUUUCUUCUCUCAAGUUUCACUCCGGUCCUCACGUACCCACCACGCUGCUUUCCGGCACGCACUUCCAUGUGUUUUCAUCUGGUGUCCUUCUCGACAUUGCCACACCUUCAGAAACAGUCCGACCCUGGGAUUGCAAUCUAGCUUCUCUGGAGCUUGACUCGUUAAAGUGGCAUCGUCUGGCAGAUGGGCCGGAAAUUUUCAAAUCCGGAUACCGAUGGCAUUAUUGUUGUCUAAAUGAGGACGGCACCAGAGCGUGGCUUCUGGGAUGUAGCCUGGAGGCUCCAAAUGCCACUGGUGCUGGCGACGAAAAUCGCCUAAACCAAGUACUCCCCAUCAAUCUCGAACGGUAUGGCCUCCUUGGAAAUCACCUUACUUUUGAAAAUUCAGAGCAAGCCAGACUACUUUCAUCAGAACGGCAAGAGGCGCCACGCUGCAGCGGGCUGGGAGCCGAUUUGGUUGCGGUAUUCGAUCAGCCUCCUGAAUCUGGGAGUGGAACGGAUUUCAUAAUCACGGCAGACCGUGACGACGAUCCACACCAUACAGAACUUGGUGAUUCGGAAUCAUCAGUGUCUUCUUCUCAUGUCCAAUCCACAUAUCUCCGUGACCCUCGAAUCAGAGGGCCGCACUUUCAAGCGUCUUUACUCUGGCUCAAAUGGCAUGAGUACCAUACGAAAAAGAAGCAUAUACCUGAACCGUAUUCUGUCGUUCGUGCUUUCCUUUACUAUUUAUACACGGACAGCAUCGCUGGCCAUCCGGAGUACUGUUCAGAGAUCACCGAAGUGGCAGGGAUGUUGGUAAUGGCGAAUCUCUACGACAUGCCCAAACUCCGCUUGCUCUGUGUCAAUAGACUCAGUCGGGAACUGGACGUCGACAAUGCAGCCAUCGUUUGGGAGCGUGCCGGACGGACGAAUGAAGGAUGGCUGAAGCGCCGCGCUGCAUCAUUUUGUCUCGCAAACUGGGGCCGUGUUGUUAGAACGGAGGGGUUCCGUACCUUAAGCAGGCAGAGUCUAAUGGAGCUGUGCGAAGUGGUGGAUAUGGAGGGGCGCGUGGUACCGGGCCAUGAACUUGAGCUUGUUGGUGAGUUGGAUGGGUUUGGGUCAGGUGCAGAUAGUAAGCAAAUUCGUACUUCCACUGGUGGUGCAUCUGGGCCGGGCAUGGAGGACCUUGAUGAGGGUGACGGAGAUGAGGAUGAUGGCAUGGAGUUGUCAUGA